AUGGGAGUCCCAGAUGAAUACUGGGUGGAAUUUGCUGUGUACAAGAUGGAGGGCUUAUCGAAUACUUGGUGGAAACAGGUCAAGAGAAGAAUGGAUGUUACAGGACUAACCUGGGAGCAAUUUGAGACACUGUUCAAUGAGCAGUACUUCCCUCAGAGUUAUAGGGAGGAAAAAGCGCUGGAAUUCAUGUCUCUACUGCAAGGUGACAUGUCUGUAAGGGAAUAUGAGGCCAAGUUUAAUGACCUAUCCCGGUUUGCGCCAUCACUAGUGGAGUCUGAACCCAUGAGGUGUCUUAAGUUUGAGAAGGGCCUCAAGAAUUCUGUGAGGAGGUCAUUGGUGGCCUUAAGGAUUCGGAACUUUCGGGAUUUGGUAGCUACUGCUACACGGGUGGAACAUGAUAACUUGGCCUAUCACCAAAGCAAAGAGGCAACUGGUCGAGUCUCUAUCUCUGGUAGACCUUCCAUUUCAGGUGGACCACAGCGGAGUGGUAGGAGAAACCGCAACCAAGGACAAAUGGUCGGGGAGAUGGCAAGCGGUGGUAGUAGUUCGUCUGGAAGUGACAGAAAUGCUCCGUACGGGCCCAGAAUGGAUUGGUUGUCAGAAUACAGAGCAAUUGUUGAUUGUUACCGUAUGAGAGUGACUCUGAUGACUAAGUUUGGAACAUUGAUUUCUUAUCAAGCAGAUUUGAAUCCAGUCUUAGGAGAACGACUAUUGAAGUACAGUGUUGGGGGACAGAGGAAUCUAGCAUGUUUUUCUUCUCUUCUUGCUCUAGAAGGUGAACUUGAAGUAACUGGAGAUAGUGCGGGAAUCCCUGUAGUGGAUGAGUUUACAGAUAUAUUUCCUGAUGAGCUAUCUGGUUUACCACCAGAUCGGGAAAUUGAAUUCUGUAUUGAUUUAGUUCCGGGAACGGCACCUAUUUCCAUUCCUCCAUACCGGAUGGCUUCGGCGGAGAUGAAGGAAUUAAGAACGCAGCUUGAGGAGCUGGCAGAAAAGGGGUAUAUCUAG